AAGUACAACACUUACUUCGACCACUGCACCGACUACAGCCUCCAAAACAACUCCACCUACUCCAUCCACUGUACCUACCAAACCUACUACAGCUACCAAAUCUAUUACACCUGUAAUUAUUACUACAACUGAUCUAACCACUACAACUACGUUUACAGCAACUACUAUAACUACUACACGUACUGCAAAAACAGCUACAGAAAAGGUCUUUUUGCAUACAGAAUCCACCUCUGCUACUGAUGACGCAGCUAUCACGAUUGCAGACACUACUGUUUCCUCCAAAUACAAAUCCACAACCAACACACCUUCAACGAAAAAGUUCACCAAAACGAGAAAAACAAAAAUAAUGCCGGCCUCAGUCGCGGCAAGAAAAACGACAAGUGCCAAGCAAGCUGAAACAACCACACCUACUAUUUCUGCUACAUCGACAUCACAGGCAACUGGAUGGGCCACGAUUACAGCACCAUUGCUAGUGAUUACUACCACCGCGAUUGAGGAGACCACCAAGAAAGAGAAGUCAGCAUUGUCAGAGAUGAACCGUAGAGUUAACCCUUCUGAUGGGACUCCCAAGAAUUCUAUGCCAAUAGGCAUGAUAGUAGGGCUUACUGUUGGAACCGUGGGAACACUGCUUUUUGUAGCUCUUUUUACAGCCUACAUUUACCAAAGACUGAAAAGGAGGAAACAAAUAGGCUCCCAGAAGCUUGAUGACGUCAUCGACCUUAGAAAUGUACCCAGCCCAGUUAUGCCGACAGAAGAAAGUGAUGGUCAGGCGGACACGUGUGAUACAUCGCAAAAGAAAAAGCUUAUUUCACCGGAGUGGUGAUUUUUGGCAAACAGAGACAGCCGAAUGAUGCAGAAUUUUUAAUUAAUUGAUUGAUUAAUUAAUUCGGUUUUUACUAAAUACAGGAUGUUCUUUUGCUAUUAAAAAGCGAAAUGAAGAGUGCGUUUUUAUGAAAAAGUUUUAUUACUUGCAUAUAGCAGAUACAGGUUUUCGAUUACGAAACGGUUUAUCAUUUCAGGGCUAUUAAAAAAACUUGAGAAAGUUUAAGUCACGGACAUCAGUGACACAUUUCGAGUGAUAUUUGCAUAAUUCUGACUUGCCUCAUUAACUGCUUUAUACUAUACUACGCUCAAAUAUGAAAAGAAAUCAACAGUGAUUAUAAUGUGAUAUAAAACAUUUAUGUACAGAUUGCUCAAAAUGUGGUCGUCACUGGUGCGACUCAAAUCAAAGAAGCCCAAUUUUACGCUAGUCAUGAGGCGGUGACGCUAAAGCUCCUUAAUCAAUUUAAUUACAAUUCUGUCAUAAUUAUUCAAACUUAUGAAUUAUUUACAACCCCAGAUAUAUAAAUUAUUUAAGAUAAUACAUAUUGACAGAGAGAAACACGACUGUCAGAAUCAGAUACCGGAUGACGAUCUAAAUCAAUGCCACUUCUCUCUGCGUUUAUAGAAUUUUAAGGGAUGAAAUAAAAACUUGCUUCGUGUACAGAGGUACUGUCGAAAGUGGAAGAAAAGAAGAUAAAUGCAUCAGCUGGUUUCUUUAUUUCUUCAUCAUAAAAACAGUACAUUAUUUCCAUACCAGCGUAGCUUCAUCUUUAAAUAAAGACAGACGAAUAAAGUGCAUUAAAAUGCGAUCAUUAUAUUCGAAUGCAAACAACAGACCUAUAGGCGGUUAGAGCCUAUACUUACUGUACUCUUUA